AAUUAAACAACCUCCUUCUCUCUCAGUGGGAAACUUGUACUGCUUCUCGGACGAUUCGGAAAGGCAAUGUCUGCAUCCUUGAGAUUUACCCGGAGAGUGUGGAAAUCAUUCAUAGACAACAAAGGACAUGAUGCGCAGUGUUUUCCGAAUCUCGUUAUUCACCGCGCGGUCCCCGGAACGGUUGAUUUUUCGCUCAAGAUAGAACCUUCUAACUUAAAUAGAGUCGGGACCGUGCACGGCGGCCUGAUCCUCUCGCUGACUGAUACCCUUGGCUCGCUUGCUGUUGCAAGCAAAGGUCACUAUAUGACCGGUGUUUCAACCGAUAUCGGUGCAUCCUUCGUACGACCUGCGGGCAGGACGGGCGAUACCCUUCAUGCCCGAGCCACACUUACUGCCAUGGGGAAAUCCUUGGCCUAUACUCGCGUAGACUUUACCAAUCCUUCAGGCGAUUUAGUUGCGUAUGGAUACCACACGAAAUAUGUUGGGAAGUCAUCGUCUGACCCUAACAACGUGAAAUUUUCGGAAGACGGCGAGCAAGUGAUAGAAGGGAAUGACAUUAACUGAUCCAGUUUUCGUUGUCACUU